CCUGCUCUGCUCACCCGGCUCAAUACAUGGAGAAAACACAGACGACUCGCUCGGAGGAGAUACCGGUGCUCUACAAACAGGAAUCAGGAUGGUGUAUACCGCGGCUCUACUUUUCGGACACGGAGUGCCCGUCAUGUCAGAGGAAGACAGUGUCAUGGAGAUGAUAGGAAAGUACUUCUCCGAGCUCACAUCCCCGGGCAGGAGGACGCCAUCAGUCCGGAGGGGAAGCGUCGACAGCUGCGACGAUACUGAUAACAGUCCGCAAUGUAAGUUGAUCUAGAUUUUUUUUUUAAGUUUUCUAUGAGGAUAGACUUUGAUAAAUGGAUGAAAUUUACACAGCCAGUUUAAAUACUCAAAUAUAUUUAUUGAGGGGCUUAUCACCCAGUUGAAGUCUCAUCUGACGCAACUGAUCCUGAUCUUGAGUCAGCUGAUCAGGGUUGUUCACACCCCUCCUCCUCACAGCUGCUGAUACUGUCUUCACUUAGGAUUAACUGCGACUCUUGUAGUUUUAUGUAGUAUUGAAAGACAUCCAGUCACAUGAUAAAAGUAGUGAUCAAUGCGUGGAGAUGUGUUACUUUUCAAGAUGACUAACUUACCUUAUGGUCUUUUUUCUGCAGAUGCAAACUUUGAUGCUGAUUUGGACUGCGAAGAGAAGAGGUAUAUGACCCAGCAGAUCGAGCGCUGUCUAACAGAGGCCAAAGCUUCCACCCUCCACUGCCAGGUGCUACUACUGCCCCGCCAGAUGACCACCAGGGUGGGCCAGGACGUGGUACGCUCCUCUGCUGAUGAGCCUUGUGGGCUCCGCGGUGCUUCCAUCAAGGUCUAUGUAGAGGACAAAGAUGACCUAAAGUCUGUGGGGAGCAUCCACCCAGAUGCAAGUGUCACCCCGACAUUUGAACUGUCUGUGAUCCUCAAGGCGGACAGGAACGAUGGCUGGCCAUCACUCAAGCACAUCUUCCAUACCAACAAAGUGUUGAAGCUGAGGCCAGAGUACAGGCUGGUGAAGAGGAAGCUCUACUCCUCUGCCAGCCCGGUCAUUCAUGAUUUCAACUAGAUGUUCAGGAUGUCAACCCUGGCCUUAUUGUUUACCUACUUUUGUGUAAUUGUGAAAAUACUGUCUCCCUAUUUGUUAUCUUUACUCACUCCUGCACAAAUGCCUGACCUAGAGUAGGAGGUAAAACUACCUUUUUUCACUCAGUUGUUUAUUAAAUGUCAGUAUUUUGCACUCCAGUUAAAGUUGAAUGUAAGAAGUGUACACUGUUGACUGUGAUGUCUUCAAAGGAAUGGGCAGGUCCCACUCCUGAAGAGUGCUGUAAUUUUAUUUAUGCAUCUAUAAAAGUAUUUUUUCACACUA